AUGGCUUACCGCCACCGAGUUCUCACCAUCCAAGGUUCGAACCUCGGGCAGCAAGACAAUGACAGCAUCGUGCUCGUAGGAAGGAAGAAAUGUGUCACCGUGCUUUGGACGGCAACAAACAUCACCUGUCUUCUCCCUGUGCUGCCACCUGGCAUGCAUGAGGUGGACGUACAGGUUGGGAACAAUGGCUACCCCCAGACGAGCAAUGGUGUAAACACAACCAUUGAGUACAUCCUGGAAGUCUACAGCAUCUCCCCGUUGUUCGGCUCUUUGAUGGGAGGAACUGAGCUGACCGUUUCUGGCUCUGGUUUCAGCAGCAACGUAUCUGACAACACUGUGUCUGUUGGAAACGCUGCUUGUGAAGUGACGGCCGCCUCAGAGAAUGAGCUGCAGUGUGUUGUGCAAUCAGAGGAGAAGACCCACAUCGUUACCAACCAGGGAUUCGAUCGUGUUUAUGGGCAGGGAAAUGCAUGGAGUCCAGCCUCACUCACCGCAUUCGUUGGCGACACGGUAAUGUGGCGUUGGGAGGCACCAGCCUUUCAGGAAGUUGGGUACCGGGUCUUCAGUGUUUCCAGCCCGAGCGGUACCACUUAUGAAGGAGGACCUUUCACCAGUGGAGAGACCAAAACUGCCCAAGGAUUUUUCAGCUACCGUUUCACCGCGCCCGGGGUUUAUUACUACAGCAGUGGCUACAUAGACAAUGCCAACCUCAGACUCCUGCAGGGAGUUGUGAAAGUCCAGAGUCGGGAGGAAAAGAGCGGCGAGGUCUCUGUCAGAGUGAAGGGCAUUGAGGCCAGACAUGUGGCUGGAAGUUCACGUCGUGUCUCCAGAGCAGCGUCACAGUGCGUUGCCUCCCCGCAAUGCCAACAGCCCAAUCAGACUGAUCCGCUUUCCCUCAGUACCUCUGCCUGCACCACUCCCAUGGUUUACUCCAUCUCUCCUAACCAGGGCUCAUACCACAAAGGGAUCCAGAUCAAGGGCAAAAGCUUCAGCGACGUGGCCUGUGCUAAUGAGGUGAUGGUGGGAGAUCAGCCCUGUCAGGUGAUCAACAGCUCCCAAUCUGAGAUUAACUGCCAGCUCAGCCCCAGCAGUGAACUUCCCAUCGGCCUUGCUCUCCCUGUGGCCGUCAGAGUCAACAACCUAGGCAGCGCCGUCAUCGCUGUGCCAAAUGAGCUUGAGCGUCGCUUUGUGGUUCUUCCAGUGGUUGACUCAGUCUCGCCUCCUAUUGGAAGCCCCACUGGCCACACCAGGCUCCUCAUCCGCGGUUCUGGCUUCUCAGAGGGACUCUUAACUGUAGCCAGCGAGCUCUGUCGCAUCCAGUCUCUUAAUUACACUUCGAUCAUCUGCGACACGGCGCCUUCUCAGCCACACGUCGGUGAUGUCAUCUUUUACAUGGGCCAAAUCCAAAGCGCCUGCCACUCAAACUGCUCCUUCCGCUACUCCUCGUCCGUCACUCCCACAGUUACCGGCAUUUCCCCGGACAGCAUUGAUGAUGUCACUACUGUGACCAUCUCUGGCUCAGGGUUUGGCAGCAGCGUGGAUGAUGUGGCAGUUUUUGCUGGGUUAACAGAGCUAGAAGUAACCGCCGUGACCGACGGCAACAUCAGUGCAAGAGUCAGCGCUCUGCCUGCAGGUGACCACUCAGUCAAAGUGAUUGUAAGAAGCAAAGGCCUCGCUUCUGGUCAGGUCACCCUGAGCAGUAAGGCACAAGCAACCCUGAACCCCAACGUGGGCAGUCUGGCGGGAGGAACGUCACUUAUCUUCACAGGAAAUGGCUUCGCUCCAGGGAACACAAGUGUGACGGUUGGUAGGAAACCCUGCAAGAUUCAGGAGGUGACGCCGGGUCGUCUUAUCUGCCUGACGCCUCCUAACAGUGUGGGGCUGGUGACCGUCAUUUUGCACGUCUUCUCUGUGCAGUAUCCUCCUCUUAACUUCACCUACUCCACCACCCACACUCCUGUCAUCAGCUCCAUCAGCCCCACCACAGGGCCGAGCGGGUCCGUCAUCACCCUGACAGGUUCAGGCUUCGGCAAUGACUCUCAGCUCGUCACCAUCACCGUAAAUGGCGUCCCUUGCAAUGUUUCCACGGUCUCUGACACACAGGUCCAGUUCGCCGCAGGAAACAAUCCAGGGGGGACGUACCCAGUCAUGCUGCAUCACCAGGUCAAAGGUUAUGCCCAGUCAGGAGUCAUGUUCACGUAUGAACUGACGCUCAGCAGUGUGCAGCCCAGUGAAGGUAGUUUCGGUGGCGAUGCGCUGCUGUCCAUCCAGGGCUCUGGGUUUGAUCCACGCAACUCCACUGUGCUGAUCUGUGGGGAGGAAUGCCAGGUUCACAGACAAACAUCCACAUCCACCCAUCUGUACUGCCAGUCUCCACCUCACAACAGCACUCAGUCAGAGGUCAGCUGCCUUGUUGCCAUCAUUAACCCACAUGAUGCGGUCAACGUGUCAAACGGCUUCACCUAUAAAUCUCAGCUGACUCCAGUGAUCACUCAGGUUUCUCCUCGCAGAGGCGGCACUGCUGGAGGCACCCGGCUCACAAUCGCCGGCUCUGGUUUCAGCACUGACAUUAACGAGAUCAACGUGACGAUCGCAGAGUCUGUGUGUGACGUGCAGUCCGCCAACAGCACGCACAUCAUCUGCGUGACCAGCGCUCAGGGGCAGUCUCAGGAAACCAAAGUCAGAGUCAGCAUCGGAAACCAAGGCAUCGCCAAGAUGGACAACGCAGAUUUCUUCUACAUUGACGUGUGGUCGUCCAAGUUCACGUGAGGAGGUCUGUCUCCACCUGAGGAGGGCACAUUUGCUGUUAUUACUAAAGGCCAGACCAUCCUGCUGGACACCAACACACCUGUGCUCAAAAUGCUGCUUAUUCAAGGUCUUGCUGCCAUCUUCUGCUGACUGCUCAUACCUCCAAUUCUCCAGGUUCUCUAACACCUGCUCCCUACUCUGAAGAGCACAACGUCGUCCGCGAACAUCAUUGGCCACUGAGACUCCUGCCUGACCUCAUCUGUCAACCUGUCAAUCAUAAAUCGUCUAUUGUGCUUAUCUAUCUAUUAACCAGAAAAAAAGAUUUAUUUGAUUUAUGUAGAGUAAAAUGUAUUACCAUUGUUUGUCUGUUUCAAAUUUAUUUGUUUCCCAUUUCUGCUACAGCAAGCAAAUA